UUAAAAACAAAACUACAAGAACUACAGUUAAAAAACAUUCAAAUAAGCGUUUGUCUAAAAACUUUAUACGUGUUUUUAAAAAAUCUAUUAAACUUGAUCAUUUAUUGUAGCAUUACAGCAGUAAUUCACAUUCGUAAAAAGUUAAAAAUAUUCAAUACUAAAAAAUUAUGAUAAAAAUUAUGGAAAUAUAAACAAAUUAUAUGCAAUAAAAUGCUCUGCUAUCAGUUAUAAUGACAUUAAAGUGAAGAACGUAUAGCUACGUUUAUGCACUAUCAAUGCAAAAAGAUUGUAGUGUGAAAGAAGCAUUGCCACAGCUCAUAGCAAAUGUCACAAUCUUCUCGCUGAAAAUUGUAAUUUUAAAGAAAAAACUAGUUAUUUUUUUUUUUUAAGAAUAUAGCAGAAGAUAGACAUGCAGAGUGCAACAUGAAGAGAAUCUUAAGUAACCUGUGAGCGCAUGUGCAACAUCUCAUCGAAUCAUUUUUGAUGUUUUGAUUUCUUAUAUUAAAAUAUACAGGACAUAGACAUAAACAUAAAGUAAAAUAUAAACAUUCUCUAUUGUGAAAUCUGCCGUAAAUUAUAAAUAUAAAUUUUAGAAGUUACGUAGAUUUGGUGAGAAUUGACGACAUCAGAAAAAAUUUUCAAAAUGAUAAAACCAAGUGUUAUCAAUUUCGAAACUGAUGUAAUAUGGUUUAUUGCCCUGGAAGUCUUUUUAUUGCACGCCAUUGGUAUUUAUGGUUUGCUGACCUUCAACUACUUGGAAAAUCUGAUGACUACAUUUUGGAUAAUCGGGAUGUAUUUCAUAUCCAAUAUCGGAGUAUCUGGUGGCGCUCAUCGUCUCUGGAGUCACAAGUGUUAUAAAGCAAAGUUACCAUUAAGAAUCCUAUAUAUAAUAUGCUAUAGUGCAAGUGGACAGAAUUCAAUAUGCAGUUGGGUGAAGAAUCAUCGUAUGCAUCAUAAAUAUUGUGACACUAAUGCCGAUCCUCACAAUACUCAGCGCGGCUUCUUUUACACGCACAUGGGGUGGGUGAUGAUGAAAGAGCAUCCCGAAUUUAUUAAAAAAAGCAAACAGCUUGAUUUAUCGGAUGUUUUAUCAGAUCCUGUUGUAGUUUUUGGCGAAAGAUACCACUUGCUUCUUCAACUUAUCUUCGGUUUCAUUCUGCCAACGGCGGUACCGAUAUACCUAUGGAAUGAGACUUUAGGCAGGGCCAUCAUAUCGCAAAUAUUUAUACGAUAUGUGAUUACUUUGAAUUCCGUAUGGACUAUCAAUAGCAUUGCUCAUGCGUGGGGUACCAAACCAUACGAUAAGAACAUAAAACCAUCAGACAACAAUCUUGUUAACUUCAUGACAUUAGGAGAAGGUUAUCACAACUUUCACCACGUGUUCCCGUGGGAUUAC